AUGUAUGUUGCCAACCUGAGCAGUGAAAAUUAUUUUACAGUUGUGGGACUGUUAAAUGAUACAGAUGCUAACAUCCCUCUGUUCAUUGUAUUCCUUUUUAUAUUUCUAGUGACCCUCUGUGGAAAUCUCAUUAUUAUGACUGUUGUGAUCAUGGAUCAGUCUCUGCAGACACCAAUGUAUUUCUUCCUUAGCAAUUUCUCUUUUUUGGAGAUAUGGUACACAACUACAAUUGUGCCUAAACUUUUAGCCAACCUACUGCUGAAAAGCAAUAACAUCUCCUUUACUGGAUGCAUGACUCAGCUGUUCUUCUUUGUCACAUUUGGAGCUACUGAAUGUUAUUUGCUGCUAGCAAUGGCUUAUGAUCGUUACAUGGCCAUUUGUAAGCCUCUUUACUAUUCUAGUCUGAUGGACACCAAAACAUGUCUCCAGCUAGUUACAUGCUCAUGGGUAACUGGAAUGCUGACAGGUCUAAUUCCUGCUCUGCUCAUUUCCCAGUUAGAUUUCUGUGACUCUCGCCAAAUAAACCACUUUUUUUGUGACAUCCCGCCUCUCCUGGAGCUGUCAUGUAGUGAUAUCUACCUGACAGAAAUCUCCAUAUUUAUUCUGUCUCUUAUUGUGCUCUUUGGCUGUUUGAUGUUGACUUUGGUGUCCUAUGUGUUCAUUGUGAUAUCUGUACUUCAAAUAAAGUCUAAGAGUGUCCAUAAUAAGAGUUUUUCCACUUGUGGAGCUCACCUGACUGUAGUACUACUCUACUAUGGGACAAUGAUAUUUAUGUAUGUCCGGCCCCACUCCAGCUAUUCUUCAAAUAUGAAAAAAAUUGUCUCAGUUUUUUAUACCGUUGUAACUCCAGGUCUAAAUCCUAUUAUCUAUAGUCUAAGAAACAAAGAAGUUAGAGCAUCACUUAAAAAGAUUGUACACCGAAUGCUGCCACAAUUCCCAGGCUUUAAAAGACAAAAUCUUCAAGUCCACAGAAAUAUAAGUACCAUUUUCUGA